AUGUCGCGCUCGUUCCAGCUUCCAGGCGCUCACUGCCCAACUGGCCUCGCGAAAACAACGACGGCUGCCGCUCCUUCUUUGUCCCAUCGUUACUCGACGCUCCGACAAACCUCCCCGCGCCACUCGCCAGCUUCCCUCCCCUUCGCUUCCCCCGGGCUCUCCGCACGUGCCCGCCAGGCGCCCUCUCCGACCACCGCGCGCCGCGCUGCGCUCUCAUUCCGCACAGCAGCGUGCUGCAGAAGCACCAAAGUCACCGCCGCUACAAUCAGCGAGGGGCGGAUCGCGAGUGAUUAUGACGAGGUGGAGAAACAGACGCAGCUGUUGAGAAUUCUCGAGAGUCAAGACGAGCGCGACAGACGGACGCAGCAGCCGCCCGUCGAAGCAGCUGCUAGCACCGCGCCGCCACGGCAAAGCAGAGAAGCAGUCUGCUGCGUUGCGCCCCUGCACGCACGCUGGCUCUCUCCCGCGCUCGCAGCAGCAGUAGUCGCCUCCGUCCUCCUCCCGCUGCCUCUCCAACCCCCUCCGCAGCACGCUCCGCCCUCUGUGGAGCAAGGCAGGGCAGCAGGCAGCAGAUCGCUGGGCGGUGCGUGGGGCAGUGCGGUGGGCAGUGCACUGGCCAUGCCUGCGCCAUUCAGUGGGGCCAAUGCGCCUCUGCCCUCCGAGACGUUCGACAACGUGCCCCAGUCACUCUCAGGUGCCCUCUGUUUCUCUCAGGUGCCCCAGUCUUUCUCAGGUGUGCUGUCAGGUGCUCUGACAGGUGUGCACAACAUCCCAUCCUUCCUUCUCUCCUGCCCUAUUUCCUUCUACCUCUUAAUUUCCCCACUCUCCAUCCCUCUCCUCUCCGCACCAACAGAGGAUGACAGGAAGCCGCGGCGGAUUCAGAAGCCCAAGACACCAGCAGCAGAGAAGUGUCUGCGCAAGUGCGUGGGCACGUGCAUCAGAGGAGGGGCGGGGGCACCUGGGGAAGGGCCCAUCAACGUGGAAAGGCCCAUCGUGGUUUUCAAGUCCGAAUUCAGGUCAAGACAAUACUGUCUGGUGGAAUGUAGUGAGAUCUGCAACCUAUUGUCGGAUGCUAAGAGCAAGCCUUGA